AGGCCUACAUUGUUAGAUAGUAUUUUGAUAAUUUCACAUCUAUUUUUUCAAUAUUUAUCAUCUCAGUUAAAUUUUUUAAAUUAUACAUCUUGCAGUCCUUGUAAGCACUUUGACUAUAUCCUUUAAGGAGAAUUUUUUCUUGCAAAUUUUCCACUUCCACUUAUGAACAACAUGAAAAUACAUAUAAUGACAUAUGUUAUGUUUAUAAGAUGAAGAGGGAGUAGCGCUAACAAGGUACCAUCAUCCACUAUAAAAGUGUUCGCAUAUGAAAGGGGAAGUACUGUUGAAAAUGUUGUGUGACACAGAAAUCAAUAGAGAUUUUAAAGUUCCUCGAGUAUUAUAUUUCAUCUUACUUUUAAUUUAUAUAUCUGUGCAAGUAAGCAUGACCUUGUCUAUACCUACAACAGACUAUGACACAACUACAAUGUCAUCAAAUAAUUCAACUGGUGAUGAUUUAUAUGUCAUAAAAGCAGUAGUAUAUGAAAUUGGUAUUCUAACAGAUGCGGAUAAUACAACCAAUGAUACGACUGAAGGGCAAGAAGAGGUUAAACUUUCAUUUUACAAUCCACCAAACAAAAAUAAUAAAACUUAAAAAGAAGCUAAUUUGUAUACUGCAGUUCACCAGAGUCCAUAACUGCGA